GUUGACUUGAGAUUGAGAUUGAAGAUGAUCUGAUGCCCAAACAUUGUUCAGUAUUUCAAAGUUAUUCUUCUCAUUGCUAUUAAUUUUUGAUUGAAUAGUAAUGGAGAAGUACGAAAUUAUUAAGGAUUUGGGUGCGGGAAGUUUUGGUGUUGCUAAACUUUGCAGGGAUAAAGACAGCUCAGAGCUUGUGGCGAUAAAGUUCAUAGAACGUGGUCCUACGAUCGACGAGAAUGUAGAAAGAGAGAUUAUUAAUCAUCGAUCGCUUCGACAUCCAAAUAUCGUUCGUUUCAAGGAGGUUAUAUUAACACCAACCCAUUUGGCUUUGGUGAUGGAAUAUGCUUCUGGUGGAGAACUUUUCGAAAGAAUUUGCAAAUGGGGCCGUUUUACAGAAGAUGAGGCAAGGUAUUACUUUCGACAGCUGAUUUUUGGAGUCAAUUAUAUUCAUUCCAUGCAAAUAUGUCAUAGAGAUCUGAAGCUAGACAAUAUCCUUUUAGAUGGAAUGAAAUCCCCAUGCUUGAAGAUAUGUGAUUUUGGCUACUCUAAGCGAAUAUCUCAUAGAGAUUUGAAGUUGAAGUUAAUCAUUCUACAUGAAAGAAAAUCCUCAGAAAUGAAGAAUUGUGAUUCUGACUGCUUCAAGCAAAUAUUUAAAGGAAAUAUAUUGCUACAAAGUACCCUUUCAGAUGGAAGCCUAGCCGUAAAGUUGAAGAAAAUAACAUGGAAUAAAGAUUCGAUGCUAGAUAGUAUCCUUUUAGAUGGAUGCCCUGCCCCACAGUCUUUGAAGCCACAAUGCUUUAUACAACAAAUACGUGAUAGAGAUAUGACAAUAAACAAUGUCCUUUCAGAUGGAAGUCUAACCCCGCAAAUGAAGCGAAUAUAUCGUACAUGUUUGAUGCUAAACAAGAACCUUUCAGAUAAAACCCUAGCUGAGAAGCUGAAGACAUUUGAUUUUGGCUUCUCCAAGCAAACAUGUACUAAAUAUAUGUCGAUGCUGAACAUUAUCCUUUCAGAUGGAAGUACAAGUACAACGUCGAAAUUAUUAAAGCAAAUAUGUAAUCGAGAUUCGAUGCUUUCAGAUGGACGUCCAACCCUGCAAUUGAAUCGAACUAUAUGUAAGAAAGAUCAAUUGAUACUAGACAAUGUCAAUACACUUUCAGUUUCAGAUGGAAGUCGAACGUCAACACCAGAGUUGAAGUUGAAGUUGCAGCCAAAACCAAAUACAAAUGUUGGUUCUCCAACAUACACAGCACCAGAGGUUUUAAGUGGACGAAGUUGUGAUGGAAAGACUGCAGAUGUGUGGUCAUGUGGCGUCACUCUUCAUGCUAUGUUGUUUGCUGCGUAUCCUUUCGAUGAUCCAGACGAUUCCGAAAACUCUGAGAAAACUUUUAAUCGAAUAAUGUCCGAAGGCUACAAAAUACCAGACUGUGUGCACAUAUCUAAAGAUUGUCAACACCUACUCUCCCGCAUAUUUGUUCGAAAUCCCUCAAAGAGAAUUUCUGUAAAAGAGAUCAUGAAUCACCCGUGGUUUUCAAAGAACAUACAAUCGGAAGCAAGUGAAGAAUUGUUUUUCCAGAGGGAUAAUCCAACCUUGUCUCAUCAAAGUGUGGAAGAAAUCAUGAAGAUUGUGAGGGAGGCAAGAAAGCAGCUUGCCCCAUUAUCCACAACCAUCAUGGGCUAUGAAUCGAACACCGAAGAGGAUCACGACCCAAUGUUGAAAGAAGAAGAGGAGGAUUAGUACGUAUGAAAAGAUUGUCAAAGAAGUUCUUGCCAAUUGAAAAACUACUAGACCAUUACAGAACAAAACAUAGUAUUGAGUUUUUUGUGUUGUCUUUGUAUUAUUGAAGUAUAUAGGUGUUAUGUUUAUAGUAGUAAAAAAUAAUCAUUAUUCUCAAACAGAACGGUUUUAAAAAGCAUUCACAUUAUAUUAUUCUUUUCUUUCUUCUUUGUUGAACCCUUUACAGUAAUACAAAUUUAAUAAUUAGUAGUUGA